UCUCUGACCCUAAAAAGCAAAAAUGGGUUGCUGAAAUCACUGAAAUCUUGAAUCAUCAAAUCGACAUGGAUACUGCUAAUUACCCUCCUGUUUCCAUCUUCCAAACACCUGAAUCCAUGAAAACACAAAAACCUGAAGCCUAUGAACCACAACACAUCGGGCUGGGUCCAAUUCAUCAUUUUCGGCCCAUUCCCUACAAGAAAACGGAGCAGGAAAAACUUGCUGCCGUGCAUUGGAUCGUACAGUGUUUCAAAAUCAAGGAUUUUAAAAUCGCUAUCCUUGAUCAAGUCCAGAAACUCGUUCCUAGCGUACGUGCUUCCUACGACAUGUUCCUGCAAGACGACAACGUAGUUUUGGCUUGGAUUUUUGCAAUAGAUUCUCUGUUUUUGCUUGAUUUGUUUUAUACCACCUAUGAAGACAAAGUAAACAUUAAUAAUCUUGAGAAAAACAAGCAAGGAAGAUUGCCUCGAGAAAAACGAUAUGACGUGGGAGAUGAAAUAAACACAUCAUGUCCACGGCUUCUGUUCCCUUUACCGGAAGAAGAUGGCUACGACUCGUCCCUCGAAGAAGAGUACUACUUUAUGGUCUCGGAUGAGAGGGUAGCUUCUUCUACCUCUCCAAGUCCUAGAAAAGAAGACGAUCCCAAAAGAAGAGUUUUGGCUAAAGAUGUAAUAAUGGUAGAGAACCAAAUUCCUUUUAUGAUUUUGAAAGAAAUCCAUAAGACUCUGAAUUCAUCAUCAAGUAAUUAUAAAAAUGAAGAAUCUGAUCAAAAGAUUUCAUAUUCUAUUUUUCGAACAUUCUGUGAGGCCCAUUCGCCCCUUGAGUUGUGUAAACCGACUCAAGCCCCUAGUCAUGUACAACAUUUACUCGAUUAUAUGUAUUAUUCCAUCGUAAACAACUACGAUGACCCACGACCAACGAGCAACGACAUCGACCAGCCGGUAGGUUUUGCUUUUAUUUCGUUUUUCACCCAAAUAGAAAGGAAGGCCAAAGAAGAAAUUAUUCGACUGUAUAAAGAUACAAUCCUCAUUUUAGAAACCUUCACCGUAAACGUAACUGCUAUCCCCUCCGCUUCUGUCCUUUCUGAUAAACUCGGAUUCCGUUUCUGGAAAACAACGAAACACGAAGGCAUUCAGAAGAUAGUGAUUAAGGAUAAGUUUUUUUACUUGCCAUGUAUUACUUUGAAAAAUGAUUCAGAGGUUAUAUUAAGAAACUUGGUGGCAUAUGAAAUGUUAGUAACCCAUUCCGAAAACUGUCCUCUUAUCGAAUAUAUGCGUUUGAUGUGUGAGCUUAUCGUGGACGUCAAAGACGUUAAGCUUCUUAAAGAAAAACAUGUUAUCCGAGGCGAUUUAAAAGAGGACGAUGUUGUCAAGCUCUUCAUUGGAAUGAACAACGUGGUAAGAAACAUCAAAGUUAAAGAGAAAUUCGACUACUUGCAGAAAAAGAGAGUCCAAGUUAAGAAGGUUUAUGAAAGUAGGCUGGUAAUCAAGGCACAAUUGCAGCUGAAGAAGAUAGCACUUUGGUUGCUUGUCAUUUUGAGGGGUAUUGGUGGUUUUGUGGAAUCUUCAUGGAAAAUAGUUGUUUUCGUCAUUGGCAUUGUGACAGUGUUCACUUUAGUGAAGCAAGCUUAUUGCGACUCUUUUGGUUGCGGUGAAAAACAACUGGUCGAUGAUAAGUUACGUUGCAGUAUGUUUCUAGCUAAUUAAUUAAGCUUGAUUAGUUUAGACUUCAGUUGAUUCUAUUUGAUUUUUUACAUGUCUGUAUAGAUAUGAUGUAUCUAUAGAGUUUAUAUUUCAGUAGUAAGUAUUUCAUCAAAAAGCACAACCCGGCCUUCUUAUAUAAAAAUAAUUGUUACAAUGUUA